CUGGACUUGUGCGAAGAAGAUAAUGGAGUUGGCAGCGAGGUGGAUUUGUCGUUUUUGCCAGAUCCCGACGAAGUGCGAAGAAGAUAUGGAAAACCAGAAGGGGAUAGUGAAGACGCGAUCAUGAAAACUCCUGCUUCACUGCGAAAACGUCGAAAACAAAGAAAGGCGGUAACUGACACCGAGAAACAAGCACUGGAUCUUUUCAAUCCAUUUGAAGGUGAUUAG